AUGGGGAAUGUCGCCAGCCGUCUUGACGAUGCGGGGAACUUGUUCUUCAAAGACCAGAAUCGGUUCUCGAUCGCAUCGGUCACAAUAAGCAAUUCGAGGCGUCGCCUGUUGACGCUAUCCCCGAAUGCGUUCCCGGCGGCGAGGUUUGCGGCGAAGCGGGAUCCUGGUGAUGAUGCCCCUAUCGAAUAUAUUCAGGACCCCGACUCUCCCUCGUCUGCGCCAAUCCCGACAUUUCUGCUGCGCCUGUCGAACGACGACGAGUUGAUCUUUAAUUUCACGUUCAUUCUUCGACAGACGCAAACCGGCAACGUCGUCAACUCCACCGUCAAUGGUGUCUCGACUUCACUUCCAGAUGUAGCCGACACGGUACUCACGGGGCUGACGUUUGCCCACGCGACAAACUCAAAGGAACUCGACAACUUGAUCACAAGGGAGUUUCACGCAAAUCCCAAUCUGCAGAACAACUCCAACGUUCAGCUGGUCGGAGAUUUUUCCACCCACAGCACCCCCUCGGUGUCGUUUGACUGGUCGUGGACCUGGAAACCCCCCAAGACGACUGAGGAUAAAGGUGGCGGCUGGCGGAACAGCUGUAGCUUCUUGGAUUAUGACCAGCGGACAAACCGCCUGAACACCCUUGCCCACUUUUCUUUCUGGGUACACAAUACGGUCCGCCUGCUGCCGUCCCCUCAGAUCUCGUCGCCGAACCUAGAGUUGCCCGUUCCCCUGCGCACCCGCAUUCCCUCCACCCAGUCCGUUCUCUCUCAGUUCAGUGAUGCUGAGACUCUCUCUAACCCUAACCUUCCUUCGACUACCCCGCCGGAGACCGCAGAUGGCACUGCGCCGCCUCCGCCACCAAGCGUCCCCCCACCUCCGCCGCCAGUCAAAGUGGAUCUGCCGCAUUCCCGACCAGGUGAUGAUAUGAGUGCUGUGGAAGAUGGCCCGCUGUUCCGGGCCACAAUGAAAGCUCUAGAGCAAAAGACGGGGAACAUGCGCGCCAAGAUUAAAAAGGUUCUCAAGAAAGCCGAGGCUGCCCAGCAGGCACAGGCCGGCUGUAAUGAUGCCAUGGAAGCGUUCCUGGGAUCACUGAACGACGCGUCUACAUCCAACGCCAAUGCCAUUCAGCCUGCCUUGGACCACUACUUUGAGAAGAUCGCCCGGCAGAUCCUAAAUUUUGAGCAGCUCAGCACUCUCCAGCUCCAGAAACUCGUCAUCGAGCCUCUGAUCAAACUUUACCAUAACGACAUCAAACAAGCCGAGGCAAAGAAGAAGGAAUUCGACGAAGAGAGCCGCGACUAUUAUGCAUACGUCAGUCGGUACCUGGGCCAGCGGCAGGACUCGCUGAAGGAGAAGAAGCGGGCCGAGAGCGAUUCAAAAUACCAAGCCAAGCGGCGCAACUUCGAGCUCAAGCGCUUUGACUACUCUUCGUUCAUGCAGGAUCUGCAUGGGGGGCGCAAAGAGCAAGAGGUUCUCUCACAUCUCACCAAGUAUGCGGAUUUCCAGGCCAAGAAUUUCUUGGCGGCUGCCAAGAAGGUUGAAAACAUGGUCCCUCAGUUGGAUGCUCUCUGCCACGAAGUGAGCCAGGCCGAUAAAGAGUUCCAGUUCCAGCGGACCGAGCGCGAGGAGAAGCGCAGAGCGUUGGAAAAGAACAGCAACCCGUAUCUCGAGCCCGAUGUUGUGGCCAGUGCGGCGAAUGCAGCGUCUGUGUCCACCGGGACGGUUAACGGGGCUGCCCACGAGACCGAGUUAGGUCGGGCCGAUAGCACAGGCUCUCAGCUCCGUGGUGUGGUCAGCAACAGUUCAUCUGUUUCAUCCCAAGCAAAUGCGGGAUCCGUCAGCUCCGUCGGAACGAAUGCACCUCCAUCCAACGUAGGGUCUGCCGGUAACUUAGGGCAAAAUCGGUUCAAAGGCAUUCGAGACCUCGAGGAGCGAGACGCUCUUGGGUCUGAGCGAGCCGCGGGCCAGCAACGAAAAGAAGGUCUUCUCUGGGCCCUCUCUCGUCCUGGUUCGCACAUCGAUCCAAAAGGAAUUAACAAACAGGCAUGGCAUAAGUUUUGGAUCGUAUUAGAUCAAGGGAAAUUGUCUGAAUACAGCAACUGGAAACAGAAGCUAGACCUACACAUGGAGCCUAUUGAUCUUCGGAUGGCGUCAGUCCGAGAAGCUCGAAAUGCGGAACGGCGAUUCUGCUUUGAAGUCAUCACUCCUCAAUUCAAGCGCAUCUACCAGGCCACCUCAGAGGAGGACAUGGCGAACUGGAUUAGGUCGAUCAACAACGCCCUCCAAAGUGCAGUCGAAGGGCGAGGGGUGCCACCCACGCUUCCCGUGUCAUCCAAAAAUGAAUCGUCGGCGGGUCGUGACAUCGGUUCGGUCCUUACUGGGAAAAGCUCCUCGGUGUCAGGCCAUCACUCGUAUUCAUCCAGUGCCAGCAACAACAGCGUGAACCGCCGCACGACCGUUGGGGCGCGGCCCAGCUACGUCCGCAAUGACAGCAACAGCUUUGAAGAGAAUCCGGCACGUCUCUUGCAAGCUGUACGGGAAGCGGACCAGGGGAACAAUUGGUGUGCUGACUGCGGAUCAAUGUCCAAGGUGGAAUGGGUGUCGAUUAACCUUGGGAUUAUCCUAUGCAUCGAGUGCAGUGGCAUUCACCGGUCCCUAGGAACACACAUUUCCAAGAUUCGAUCGCUCACGCUGGACGUGCAUUCCUUCUCAAAUGACAUCGUCGAGAUCCUCUUGCAGAUCGGCAACCGGGUCAGUAACAUGAUCUGGGAGGCGACGUUGGACCAGUCUGUCAAACCGAAUGCGAGCUCGACGCGAGAGCAGCGUCUCAAGUUUAUCACCGCCAAAUACGCCGAUCGAGCGUAUGUGGAACGCCUGCCUUCGCCACGAUCGCGCUUUGCGACCCCUGACGAAACCCUUCUCGCCUCGAUCAAGAGGAAUGAUAUCCAGGGCGUCCUCUAUGGGGUUGCAUUGCGGGCUAAUGUCAACGUCGCGGAUCGCUCUCGCAACACACACGCUGUAUUUCUGGCUCUCGCCGCCGCAGACCCGGCCUCCCCGGGCUCCACUCCCUCCAGUCUCUCAGCCCGAUCCAGCGCAAAGACGAUUCCGUUCCCCAUCGCCGAAUUGCUGGUUCAAAAUGGCGCGGAAAUUCCCCCGCAGCCACCGUCUAUUCCUCUUUCCCCAGCGGCGCAGUUAUAUCUCAGCCAACGAACUGCACGGUCGUCGGCAUUUAGCCCCCCUGCCCCUGCUGCACCCAUCCCAGGGAAGUCCACCGCAAGUGACACUCUGGGGUCUCUCCCCACUAUCCGCGCGAGCAAGGACAACUCCUCCACGACACAGACACCCAACUCCUUGGAACACAAGGAGAAGGAUAAGCUCUCUAAGAGAGGGAGCGCGGGUGCUCGGUUUGCAGGAAAGGUGGCAUCCCUUGGAAUUGAUCGAUGA